AUGCUCCUGUACAGACUGCUCGGGAGGAGGUUCCUGGCCGCCGCCGCCAAGUCGGAGAGCUCCGCCGGCUCUGCAGCGGCCGCAACAGCUACACCUCGGGUGGCUUGCAACCCUCUGGAAGAGUUCUUUGAGCUGGACAGAAAUCCCGACGAUGAGACGCCUGUGGUGUAUGGUACUCGAUCUUUCUCGCCAUCUCCUGUUAUGUUUUACUUCCUCACUCCCUUCCGUAGGAUUUCUGUGGAUUGAGGCCUCCGAAUAGGAGGUUUGCGGCGGUGACGGAUGCUUUGGAAAAGCGGUUAGUAUCAAGGCAUGAUGAAGGAUGUUGCUCGCGCAAACCGUGGUAUGAUAUGUCUGUUGGGGUAUGAGACAUAUUGUUGUCAUAAUCAGGGAUUUAGAUGAAAAACAUCAAAGAUGGAAGCUCUGGUCUUCUUCCGCAUCGUGAAAUUCUAAUUGGAACAAUGGUGAAAGCGUACAGGAAGGAUAGAUCAUUGCCUUUCGAAAGACAUUAACUGAGGAAAUGUGUGCGGACAGUGGAUGUAGCUUUGAAAGUUGUGUGUUUCCUGUGUAGAAUGCUCAAACCAAGAAGAGAUGUGGUUAUUUUUUAGGGAAAUGUUCUAGAAACCAGACGGGGUGAGGAAUGAGAACUCUUAUCUGGUCAAGUUAAACUGACUGGAUAAGACCUAAACAGAAUGACGGACUUAUUUUGGGCUUUAAAUGUUUAGAAAACUUCCAUUCAUUAAAAUUAACGAUCCAAUCUAUGUUACCAGCAAUAUUUAUCAAUAUCAAUGAAAUCACAUUUGGGCAAAGAGGAGGAUCUAAAAUAAUGGUCAGCAGCUGAACUAAAAAUGCGGCAAAAACAUUUAUGUGUCGAAAUGAAAACAUCACAUUCGUUGAUGCGUUUGAAGGAACUCGAAAACAUAUCUUAUAAAAAAUCAGUUGUCUGGGAAAAUUAGGGUUGAGUUCAAAACUCCAAGUUAUUUACAGUCCCCUGAUUCAUCAGUCUUUUGAGUUAUGCUCGGUAUUAUAGUUUAUCUGAAGCACUCAUAGUUUUAAUUUAUUUGGAGAUAAGAAAAGUGGUGAUAUAUGUUUAUCAAAUAUUGGAAGUAAUUGAACAGUUUAUAUAAACUGAAAACAGCAAAGCAUAACGAGUAUUCAUCCAUUAGUCUCUUUGAUUUUCUUGCUUGUACAUCACUUUGAUGCAAAUGGAUGACAUAACGUGAAAGAAUACUGGAUUCAUACGACGUGAAUGUGUUAAAGAUUCACUGAACUAAAGUGAAUCUGUUUCUUCUGAAUUACUGCACUGGGCUUUAUCAUGUAUAGAUGCAACAUUUUGUAUUAUUUUCACAGCUAAGCCAAAUUCGUUUGUCAAAAAAAAGGUGGAAUUUUCAAAGGAUGAAGAUAAAAUGCGUCCAAUAUUAAAUAAAGAAGAAUAAAAUCCCUUGACUGCAUCGAAACAAUACAUUCUCCUCAACGCAUCCAACUCGACAAAGGAUGUCAGGUAAAACAUUGUGCAGAAAAUCCUUCUUCUUCAAUGUUACUUUUACUAAGUUCUUUCAAUGAUAGAACUUACUUCAAUAGAGUGCUUCUCAUCUUUGCAACGUGAAGAUGAUUCUAUAAUGGUUUUUUUUUUUUUUUUUUUUAAUUUUUUUUAAGGUUUGUUGCUCUUCUAGUGCACUCAAGUUUGGUAUAUCGCUGUUUGAGUGUUAAUAUAGCUCUUAUUCCUUAUGAUGGAAGAAAAUCUCUUUUAAUCUUCUAUUACCUGAUUUAUUAUGCUUGUAUGGUUUAUAUGGUCGAGGGCAAUCCAUAAUUUUUUUAAUUUGGUUCGGUUGAAUAUUUAUGACAUAUAAGAUGGUUAUUUGCUCUCAUCGCAACAAAUCACCCACAGAUAUUUCACCUGAAAGACCAUUGGAAUCUUCACCGUUUUCCAGGACGAAGCUGGAAGGCCUCCGAACUACGUCUCAAAUCGUGGGAUGAUCUUCAGAAGUUGUGGUACGUGCUCCUGAAGGAAAAGAACAUGCUCAUGUCCCAGCGGCAGAUGCUCAACGCACAGAACCUACGCUUUCCCAAUCCGGAGCGUAUCCCAAAGGUUAGUCUCUUUCACUUCUCUUCAUCCUCCUCUCCUCUUCUGAGAGUCAUAAUACAUGAAGAGCCCUCGUCUUCAUGGAUGAAUAUAAUUGGAGAGCAAGUGUUCAUCAAAGCUAAUUAAAAUGGUCCGGUGGUAUCCAUAGGCUAGCACAAUAAAAUCGAUUGGUAGAACUUUCCUUUUUAAGGGUCCUCCCUCCUUCCCUGGCUCUCUCUCUCUCUCUUUCUCUCUCUCUCUCUCUCUCUCUCUCUCUCUCUCUCUCUCUCUCUCGAUAUAUAUAUAUAUAUAUAUAUAUACAUAUGUAGAAUAUAUAUUUGAAUAUUGUCCUGUGUUGUAUGAAAUCCAGGUAAGGAAAUCGAUGUGCCGCAUCAAGCACGUGUUAACGGAGAGGGCGAUCGCUGAGCCCGACCCGAGGAGGUCCGCCGAGAUGAAGAAGAUGGUCAAUUCCCUCUAG